AUGUGCACUGGACCUAGGCGUGAUAACGCACUAGUGAUCAACACUUUCAGCUCUGUUCAAAACCAAUGUGAGAAUGACCAGCACAACCUUAAUGUAACAGGUCUCACCUGUAACGCUUCCAUUGAUAUGAUUGGGACAUGCUGGCCUCGCUCUGCAGCUGGACAGCUUGUGGCCAGACCUUGUCCGGAAUACUUCCAGGGUGUGCAAUACAAUACAACAGGUAAUGUGUAUAGAGACUGUCACCUUAACGGCACGUGGGCAGGCAGAGGAGACUACAGCCAGUGCCAAGAGAUCUUGAAACAGGAGAAGAAAAAUAAAGUUCAUUAUCACAUCGCAAUCGUCAUAAAUUUCCUGGGUCACUCAAUUUCUCUGUGUGCUCUACUUGUGGCAUUUAUUCUAUUCUUGAGAUUAAGGAGUAUCCGCUGUCUGCGCAACAUCAUCCACUGGAACCUCAUCACUGCAUUUAUUUUGCGCAAUGUCACUUGGUUUGUAAUGCAGCUGACAUUGAGUCAUGAAGUCCAUGAUAGAAAUGUGGUUUGGUGUCGUUUGGUCAUCAUUGCUCACAACUAUUUUUAUGUCACCAAUUUCUUCUGGAUGUUUGGUGAGGGCUGUUAUUUGCACACUGCCAUCGUGCUGACCUACUCCACAGACAAGCUACGCAAGUGGAUGUUCAUCUGUAUUGGCUGGUGUAUCCCCCUUCCAAUCAUCGUGGCAUGGGCAUUUGGGAAACUGUACUACGACAAUGAGAAGUGCUGGUUUGGAAAGAAAGCUGGAGUUUACACAGACUUCAUCUACCAAGGACCUGUCAUAAUUGUACUUCUGAUAAACUUUAUAUUUUUAUUUAACAUUGUGAGGAUAUUGAUGACAAAGCUCCGUGCCUCCACUACGUCAGAGACUAUCCAGUACAGGAAAGCAGUUAAAGCCACUCUGGUUCUUCUGCCUCUCCUUGGUAUUACCUAUAUGCUGUUCUUUGUGACUCCUGGGGAAGAUGAAAUUUCUUGCAUUGUGUUCAUCUACUUCAACUCUUUCCUACAGUCCUUUCAGGGUUUUUUUGUGUCUGUAUUCUACUGCUUCUUGAACAGUGAGGUACGAUCAGCUGUUCGAAAGCGUUGGCAUCGAUGGCAGGACAAGCAUUCUAUACGGGCUCGUGUGGCUAGGGCAAUGUCAAUCCCUACAUCCCCCACACGUGUCAGCUUCCACAGCAUCAAGCAAUCAUCUGCUAUCUGA